AUGUCAUUUAUCGGAUAUGAUCCCUAUCGAUCAUAUAUAACGUUCGACUUAUUUACUGUAUAUACGAACAAUAAUGGAAUUUCGUCAAGCCAAGUUCUUUUGUUCGUCGUGGUUGUGUGGGCAGUAACUGCGCCCUCUACUGCUUCUCCCUGUCCUCUUGUUUACAGACCCGUCUGUGGUGCUGAUGGAAAAGUCUACGGCAAUGAGUGUUUUCUAGAAGCUUCAGGGGUGGGACUUGCGGAAUCCUGGGAAACUUGCCGAGGACACGAACUCUGUCCUUCUGUCUGUACCGCUGACUACAAUCCUGUGUGUGUUGAAGGCAAGAUAUACGGAAACCGAUGUGAGAUGCAGUCCCAUUAUUGCGGAAAAAUCAUGCGUGAGGAUCCACUAGAAUCUUGCCAAUAGAGUGCAGUAGAUGAUGACACAAGCGCCGCCUACCGAUAAUAUCGAAGGCACCUUAGUACUGAAACACCAUUAUUUCUAAACCAAUAAUCAAAGUAAUGAGAUAUUUGUUUUUAAACAUUUCAAAAACUUAACUUGUUUCAGUUAACAAAAAUACUUUGUAAUUUCUACAUUAUACCUGUUAUCGUCUUUAAAUUGAUUUUAAUUCGUGUUAAAAAAA